ACAGAAGAAGCCGCUGUUCCUCCUACACGCCGCGCUGAUGAUCCCCAACGUGUCAGUGAAGCCCACGCUAGAAGAGAUCCAAGAAGUCCUGGUGCUGGCCGGGAAGCACAUCUCCGGGCUUGCCAAGGGCGUGGCGCAGUGGACUGGCGGCAAGAGCUCCAGGGUUCAGUCGGUGGCAGGCGUGCUUCCGAAGUCGAAGAUCCUGGAUGCUGCGAAGCAGAGAAGGAAGAAGCAUUAUAGACUGGAGUCAGAGGAGAAGCCAACGUUCCCGCUGCAGCAGAAGAACUUUUACAACUAUAUCGUGGAGAAUAAGGAGAUUAUCAAAACUUUGUCUUUACUCUCGACAUGCACGCAGAAUGUUAAAACGGAGCUCAACAAUCUCGUAAAACGAUGGCGCCCGUACCACUAUCUCUGGAAGUGCGAGAAAACCCUCCGUCAACUCCUGGCUUGGAACCUGAACGAUUUCGAGCUGGCGCUGAAGCGUCACAGCGAGCUGGAGGCCAAGCUGGCCACGGAGCCCGACGUGCUAGUCAUCGGGAGCUGCCUCGCCGUGUCCACGGAGCGGCUCAAGCUUGGGCUCAGCACAGAGCUCAAAAACGGCACACACCGGAUCGGGCAAGCCAUGCGCAAGAAGUACAAGCGAGAGAUGGACUACGUGUACGCCAUCAUGAACGACCUUGAGCGUAAGCUGGAGCGACCAAUCAGGGACCUGGAUGAUGUGAGGAGCGUAAUGGAGACGCUGAAGAAGAUUAGGGAGCAGGAGGUCGAUAUGGAGCUGAAGAUCGACCCUGUUGAGGAAGCAUUCAAUGUGAUAACCCGCUACGAGCUGCCGGUAAGCCAGGCCGACUUGGAACAGGUGGACAGCCUCCGAUACACAUGGCAGCAACUUCAGGCCACCGCGCUAGCUGCCCACGUGCAGCUGCUCCAAAUGCAGCCCCAAUUUGAAGAGGACCUGAAAAACAAUCUGGAUAGGUUCAGAGAGGACAACGGGGAAUAUGUCCAUGAGUACCGGCACGCUGGUCCUAUGCAGUCGGGCCUGACGCCGCGCGAAGCGUCCGACAGGCUCAUACUAUUCCAGAACCGCUUCGACGGCAUGUGGCGUAAGCUGCAAACCUACCAAAACGGCGAAGAACUCUUCGGGCUCCCCCAUACCGAGUAUCCAGAACUGGCUCAGAUCAGAAAAGAACUGAACCUUCUGCAAAAACUAUACAAACUGUACAAUGACGUCAUUGACAGAGUCAGCAGUUACUACGAUAUACCUUGGGGCGAAGUCAAUAUAGAAGAAAUCAACAAUGAACUUAUGGAGUUCCAGAAUAGAUGUCGCAAACUUCCUAAAGGUUUAAAAGAGUGGCCAGCCUUCUUCGCUCUAAAGAAAACCAUAGACGAUUUCAACGACAUGUGCCCCCUGUUGGAGCUGAUGGCAAACAAAGCUAUGAAACCGAGGCACUGGCAGCGGAUCAUGGAGGUCACCAAAUACAUAUUCGAGCUAGACAACGAGGAUUUUUGUCUCAAGAACAUAUUGGAGGCUCCACUGUUGCCGAAUAAAGAAGAUAUUGAGGAUAUCUGCAUAUCGGCGAUGAAAGAAAAGGACAUAGAAGCCAAGCUGCGUCAAGUAACUAACGAGUGGUCUAUCCAUGAGCUGACGUUCCAAACAUUUAAUAAUCGUGGAGAGUUGCUCUUACGAGGUGAUACUACAGCAGAGACCAUAGGGCAGUUGGAGGACAGUCUCAUGAUCUUGGGCUCUUUGUUAUCUAACCGCUACAACGCUCCAUUCCGAAAACAGAUUCAACAAUGGCUUUACGACCUCCAAAACACCAACGAAAUUCUCGAACGGUGGCUUCUCGUUCAAAACAUGUGGGUAUAUCUCGAGGCAGUAUUCGUCGGCGGUGACAUCGCCAAGCAACUCCCCAAAGAAGCUAAACGCUUCUCUAAAAUCGACAAAUCAUGGCAAAAGAUCAUGCAAAGAGCUCACGAAACACCUGGAGUUGUCUCUUGCUGCGUAGGAGACGAUCUACUCAGACAAUUACUACCACAUCUGCAGGAACAGUUAGAGCUAUGCCAGAAAAGUCUAAGCGGGUAUUUAGAGAAGAAAAGGACGAUGUUUCCUCGGUUCUUCUUUGUGUCGGAUCCAGCGCUUUUGGAGAUUCUUGGACAGGCGUCUGAUUCGCAUACGAUACAGAAUCAUUUGCUGUCCAUUUUUGAUAAUAUUCGUUAUGUGAAGUUUCAUGAUAUUGAGUACAAUAAAAUGAUCGCCAUAGUUUCAUCCGAAGGUGAAGAGAUCAAACUAGAGCGUCCUGUCCGAGCCGAAGGCUCAGUGGAAACUUGGCUUACAUCACUCCUCCAGUCAGCGCAGAGCAGUCUCCACUCCAUCAUCAGGACCUCCGUGUCCUUGAUAAACGAUCCUGGCUUCAAUCUGCUGAUGUUCCUUGAUAAGAUGCCGGCGCAGGUGGGCCUACUCGGCAUCCAAAUCAUCUGGACUCGCGACGCCGAACUAGCCUUGGUGCAGGCCCGCCAAGACAAGAAGAUAAUGAUGGAGACCAACAACAAGUUCCUCGAGCUACUCAAUACACUCAUCGAUCAGACAACCAGGGAUCUGCUGAAGAUUGAGAGGAUAAAGUUUGAGACGUUGAUCACUAUUCAUGUUCAUCAGAGGGAUAUAUUUGAUAUGCUGUGCCGACUCAAUGUCAGAGCAGCCAGUGACUUCGAAUGGCUGAAGCAAUGCCGUUUCUACUUCAAAGAGGAUGCCGACAAGACUUGGGUGUCGGUGACUGACGUCACGUUCAUCUAUCAGAACGAGUAUCUUGGCUGUACAGAUCGGCUUGUCAUUACGCCGUUAACUGACAGAUGCUACAUAACCCUAGCCCAAGCGCUGGCUAUGAGCAUGGGUGGCGCGCCCUGCGGCCCCGCCGGUACCGGCAAGACGGAGACCGUCAAGGACAUGGGCAAGACCCUCGCAAAAUACGUCGUCGUGUUCAACUGCUCCGAUCAGAUGGAUUACAGAGGCCUCGGCCGCAUCUACAAAGGCCUCGCCCAGUCUGGUUCCUGGGGCUGCUUCGACGAGUUUAACCGCAUAGAGCUGCCCGUACUGUCUGUAGCGGCGCAGCAAGUGGCUGUGGUGCUGGCUGCCAAGAAGGAGAAGAAGAAGACGUUUGUGUUCACUGAUGGGGAUACUUCGGAGAUGUGCCCGGAGUUCGGGAUCUUCAUUACUAUGAAUCCCGGUUACGCCGGUCGUAAGGAGUUACCAGAAAACUUGAAGAUCCAGUUCCGUACAGUGGCCAUGAUGGUGCCAGACCGGCAGAUCAUCAUCAGAGUGAAGCUGGCCUCCUGCGGCUUCUUGGAGAACAUCACGCUCGCCAGGAAGUUCUACACGCUGUACAAGCUGUGUGAAGAACAGCUUACUAAGCAGGUCCACUAUGACUUCGGCCUCCGCAACAUCCUCUCAGUCCUCCGGACCCUCGGGGCAGUCAAACGCGUCAACUCCAAAGACAACGAGAGCACCAUCGUCAUGCGCGUGCUCCGGGACAUGAAUCUCUCGAAGCUGAUAGACGAGGAUGAACCGCUCUUUAUAUCACUGGUCGCAGAUUUGUUCCCUAACCAGGCGCUGGAGAAAACUACCUAUCCCGAGUUGGAAGAAGCCAUCAGGAAACAGGUCGACGAGACGGGGCUUAUCUGCCAUCCGCCGUGGAUUCUCAAGAUUAUCCAGCUGUACGAGACGCAGCGUGUGCGUCACGGUAUCAUGACACUGGGGCCGCCCGGUGCCGGCAAGACGACAUGCAUACACACCCUCAUGAACGCUCUUACUGAGACUGAGAACCCGCACAGGGAAAUGCGUAUGAACCCUAAAGCCAUCACCGCCGCCCAGAUGUUCGGCCGUCUCGACGUAGCCACCAACGACUGGACCGACGGCAUCUUCUCAGCCCUAUGGCGUAAGACCCUCAAGAUGAAAGAAGGUGAACACGUCUGGCUGGUCCUUGAUGGACCUGUGGACAGCAUAUGGAUUGAGAACCUGAAUUCCGUGCUGGAUGAUAAUAAAACCUUGACAUUGGCUAAUGGUGAUCGCCUGACCAUGUCACCGACUUCUAAGAUUCUGUUUGAGCCGGAGAAUAUUGAUAAUGCAUCGCCUGCUACUGUGUCGAGGAAUGGUAUGGUGUAUAUGAGUGCUUCGGGGCUGGACUGGGAUCCAGUUCUCCGUGCCUGGCUCAAGACGCGCUCAGAGAGAGAAUUAGAAAUAUUUAGCACGCUUUUUGAUCAGACAUUUCCAAAUGUAUACACGUGGUGUACUCAAAAUCUGAUCUUCAGCAUGAGGGUACUUCAAAGUAAUAUCAUACUGCAAAUGCUCAGUCUCUUGGAGGGACUUGUUCCUCCACAGAUAGAGGAAACUGAAGACCCGUCCGCAAGCAAAUCAGUUAACGGUGACAUUGACGAUGAAGAGGAAAAAGAGAAAACUGAAGAGAUCAUACUCUUCACACCAGAACACUUGCACAAAGUAUACGUAUUCACAUUAGUCUGGGGAUUUGGUUCCCUUCUAGAAACCAAAGACAGAAUACGAUACGAUGCGUUCUUAAAAGAGAAUUUUGCGGAAAUUUUAGACUUACCAAAACACCCUAAUAAUAAACCCUCGAUAGUUUUCGACUUUUAUGUAAAACACCCUGGCAAAUGGGAACUCUGGGACGAUUUAGUGACAAAUUACCAAUACCCGGACUCAGCGUCACCAGAUUAUGCUAGUAUUCUGGUCCCGAUAGUAGACAACGUAAGAAUAAACUACCUCAUUCACUGCAUAGCUAAACAAGGCAAAGCUGUGCUGUUAAUUGGAGAACAAGGCACUGCAAAGACUGUCAUGAUGAAAGCCUACAUGAAAAAUACAAAUCCAGAGCAGUUCAUGGGUCGCUCUUUCAAUUUCUCUUCAGCGACUAGUCCUUAUCAGUUCCAAAAGACUAUUGAAAGUUACGUUGAAAAACGUAGUGGUAUGACAUUUGGACCACCGGGGGGUAAGAAGAUGUUAGUGUUUAUCGACGACAUAAAUUUACCACAGAUCAAUGAGUGGGGUGAUCAAAUAACAAAUGAAAUUGUUAGGCAGACCAUGAGUAUGAAUGGAUUCUACAGUCUGGAGAAGCCUGGAGACUUUACCACGGUUAUUGACAUACAGUUCCUUGGUGCUAUGGGACAACCAGGUGGUGGUAGGAACGACAUACCGUCUCGUUUGAAACGCCAGUUCGCAAUAUUCAACUGUCCUUUGCCUAAUGACGAUUCGAUUGACAAAAUUUUCAAAGUUAUUGGUGAAGGUCAUUACAACGCCAAGCGAGGAUUUACUGUAGAAGUCCGCAACCUUAUUAAAAAAGUGAUUCCAUUGACCAGAGAGCUGUGGAUGAGAACGAGACUGAAUCUUCUACCGACGCCGGCUAAGUUUCACUACGUGUUUUCUCUUCGAGAUUUGUCUAGAGUGUGGCAGGGCAUGGUUGGAACCUUACCUACUGUUAUUGAAUCAGAAAAAUGUUUAAUGCUGCUGUGGAAACAUGAGUGUUCUAGAGUUUUCUCCGACAGAUUCACACAUCAAGUUGAUAAAGACUGGUUUAACAAAGCUUUGUAUGAUACAUCAGACGAAAUAUUAGGUGUGGAAUACAAAAAGAUGAUGGAAAGUGAGCCUGUCUUUGUAGAUUUUAUGAGGGAUGCACCGGAACCGACUGGUGAAGAAGGCGAAGAUGCCGACAUGGAGUUACCAAAAGUGUAUGAACCCGUGUUUGAGUACAGUGAGCUCCGAGAAAGAUUGGAGAUGUUCCUGUCCCAGUUCAAUGAAAUGGUCCGCGGGUCGGGCAUGGAUUUAGUUUUUUUCCCCGAUGCUAUGCUCCAUCUUGUGAAGAUAUCUAGGGUGAUACGACAUCCAAGAGGCAAUGUGAUGCUUGUUGGAGUAGGGGGUUCUGGAAAACAAUCCUUGACGAAGCUAUCUACUUUUAUAGCUGGAUACCGGUCUUUUCAAAUCGCACUUACUAGAUCGUACAAUGUUGGUAACUUCCUUGAAGAUUUGAAGCUACUUUAUAGAUCGUGCGGUGUUCAAGGCAAAGGAACAACAUUCAUCUUUACGGAUUUGGAUAUAAAGGAAGAAGGAUUCCUGGAAUAUUUGAACAAUAUUCUAUCAUCCGGUGUUAUAUCUAAUUUGUUCACUAAAGACGAGCAGCAAGAAAUUAUUUCGGAACUCACGCCGAUUAUGAAACGGGAAAAUCAAAAGAGAACUCUCAACAAUGAAUUAGUAAUGGAGUACUUUUUAAACAGGACAUGCCAAAACCUGCAUGUCGUAUUAUGUUUUUCACCGGUUAGCGAAGCCUUUAGAUACCGCGCACUUCGCUUCCCAGCUCUUAUCUCCGGCUGCACCAUAGACUGGUUCCAACCUUGGCCAAAGGAUGCCCUUGUUUCUGUCGCCGACCACUUUUUAACAGAGUUUGAAAUCGAAUGUACAAAAGAAGUCAAAAAAGAGCUCGUCACCGUAUUAGGAACCAUUCAAGACGUCGUGUCGCAAGUGUCUGCAGAAUAUUUCCAAAGAUUCCGCCGAUCAUCACAUGUUACUCCUAAAUCGUAUCUAAAUUUUAUUGGAGGAUACAAAACAAUUUAUCAAAUGAAGCAAAAAGAGCUGGGAGAUGGUGCAUUACGCAUGGACACUGGAUUAGAAAAACUUCGUGAAGCAUCGAUAUCCGUUGAAGUUCUAAAAAAAGAUUUGGCAGUAAUGGAACAGGAUUUAGCAUUGGCUUCUGAAAAAGCAGAUCGUGUCCUCACUGAAGUCACAGAAAGAGCAAUGCAAGCCGAAAUAGUAAAGAAUCAGGUUCAAAUAGUGAAAGAAAAGGCAGAAGCCCUCGUAGCUUAUAUAGCUGAAGAAAAAUUAAAAGCGGAAAUUAAACUGGAGGCAGCUAAACCGGCGUUAGAAGAAGCUGAAGCUGCUCUUAACACUAUAAAGCCAGCACAUAUUGCCACGGUCAGAAAAUUGGGUAGGCCACCGCAUCUUAUUAUGAGGAUCAUGGAUUGCGUAUUGAUAUUGUUUCAGAGAAGAUUACACCCGCUCAUUCCCGAUGUGGCUGCACCAUGUCCAAAGCCUUCAUGGGCAGAGUCUCUCAAGAUGAUGGCCAGUACUACUUUCCUUCUACAACUCCAGAAUUAUCCUAAAGACAUUAUAAACAAUGAGAUGGUUGAACAUUUGGUACCUUAUUUCGAGAUGGAGGAUUACAACAUGGACACGGCCAAGAGAGUCUGCGGUGACGUCGCCGGGUUGUUGUCGUGGACAAAGGCUAUGGCGUUCUUCCAUAGUGUCAACAAGGAAGUACUGCCUUUGAAAGCUAAUCUGCUGCUUCAGGAAGCAAGAUUAAAGCUUGCAAUGGAAGAUUUGGCUUCCGCAGAAAGACAACUAGAGGAACGUGAAAUGUCUCUUCGAAAAGUCAAAGAACAAUAUGAAUCUGCUGUCUCUGAGAAACAGCAGUUGACGGACGCUGCUAACGUUUGCUUACGAAAAAUGACUGCCGCUACUGCACUGAUUAAUGGAUUAGGCGGAGAAAAGAUCAGAUGGACGCAACAGAGUAAGGAUUUCAAAGAACAGUUGGGAAGAUUGGUAGGUGAUGUCGUCCUAGCGACAGGAUUCCUUUCGUACUGCGGCCCUUACAAUCAGGAAUUUAGGAACAAUUUACUAAAUAACUGGAUGGGGAUAUUAAAGAACAAACAGAUACCUUUGACAGAUAACUUAAAUAUAACUAAUAUGCUGGUUGAAAAUGCUACAAUAUCUGAAUGGACGCUGCAAGGCUUACCAAACGAUGAUUUAUCAGUGCAGAAUGCUCUUAUUGUUACUAAAUCUAGCUCUUACCCUUUAUUAGUCGAUCCACAGAGUCAGGGUAAGAACUGGAUAAAAAACAAAGAAAGUACAAAUGAAUUACAAAUUACUUCACUCAACCACAAGUAUUUCAGAACGCAUCUAGAGGACAGUCUGUCGCUAGGAAGACCACUGCUUAUAGAAGAUGUCGGCGUAGAGCUAGAUCCAGUUAUUGACAAUGUGUUAGAGAAGAACUUUAUUAAAUCGGGUUCAAUAGAAAAAGUAAUCGUCGGUGAUAAGGAAUGCGAUGUUAUGCCUGGCUUUAUGCUAUAUAUAACAACAAAAUUACCUAAUCCCGCAUAUUCUCCUGAAAUAAGUGCUAAAUCAUCGAUAAUUGAUUUCACUGUUACUAUGCGAGGUUUAGAAGAUCAACUGUUAGGUCGUGUGAUUUUAAUGGAGAAAUCAGAUUUAGAAGAAGAAAGAGUGGCGCUGUUCGAAUCCGUAAUGAAGAAUCAGCGCAGCAUGAAAGAAUUGGAAAGCAAUCUGCUUUGCCGACUCACAUCAUCUGAAGGCUCAUUAGUCGAUGACGAAGCCUUGAUCCAAGUCUUGCAAGUAACUAAAACGACAGCAGAAGAAGUCAAUGAAAAACUAAAAGUAGCAGAAGUCACAGAAAAGAAAAUUAUAAAAGCUCGUGAAGAGUUUAGAGCAGUUGCAGCAAGGGGCUCGAUAUUGUAUUUCUUAAUAGUAGAAAUGAGCAAUGUAAACAUCAUGUAUCAGAACUCGUUAAAACAAUUUUUGACAAUAUUCGACAAUUCAAUAACGAAGUCUACUAAAACCAAUGUGACUGAGGAGCGUAUUAAUAUAAUACUGAAAUACCUUACACAUGAAGUAUGGGCAUUUACAUUGCGAAGCUUGUAUGAACGUCACAAGGCUCUGUUCACGUUGAUGCUGGCAAUGAAAAUCGAUUGUCACCGUCAAUUAAUUUCUCACGACGAAUUCACGGCGUUUGUGAAAGGAGGUGCGUCAUUGGAUUUAAAUGCAGUGACUCCGAAGCCUUUCAGAUGGAUUCUGGAUAUAACAUGGCUGAAUCUGGUGGAGAUUAGUAAAUUGAAGACUUUCUCUGACGUAUUGCAAAAGAUCUCAUCUAACGAGAAAGAGUGGCGAGUCUGGUAUGAAAAGGCGAAGCCAGAAGAAGAAACUAUUCCCAGUGGUUACAACGACAGCCUCGAUGUGUUCCGUAAGCUGCUGCUUAUCCGCUCGUGGAGCCCUGAUCGAACCCUGUCGCAGGCUAGGAAGUAUAUUGUCGAUUCCCUCGGCCCGGAGUACGGCGAGGGCUGCAUUUUGAAUCUUGAAGCGACCUGGGAAGAAUCAGAACCACGUACACCACUCAUUUGCAUCCUGUCUAUUGGCUCUGAUCCCUCCGCGCAGAUCGCAUCACUGGCCAAGUCAAAGGAAAUUCAAAUAAAAGCCGUAUCGAUGGGUCAGGGUCAAGAAAUCGUCGCAAGAAAAAUGAUAUCAGACUCAAUGAACGAAGGAGGCUGGGUACUCCUACAAAAUAUCCACUUGUCCCUUCCAUUCUGUGUAGAAGCCAUGGAUGCUUUAAUAGAAACUGAACAUGUACAGGAAUCUUUUAGGCUGUGGCUCACAACUGAAGUCCACACGGAGUUCCCGAUAGGUCUACUACAAAUGGCCAUUAAAUUCACCAAUGAACCUCCGCAAGGCAUCAGAGCUAGCAUGAAAAGAACUUACCAAAACAUCACUCAAGAUACGUUAGAUUACUCAUCUUUAUCCCAAUGGCCACCGCUGUUAUAUGCAGUUGCUUUCCUACACACUAUCGUGCAAGAACGACGAAAGUUCGGGCCUCUAGGAUGGAAUAUUCCCUACGAGUUCAAUCAAGCCGAUUACGCAGCCAGCGUGCAGUUUAUACAAAACCAUCUCGACGAUAUCGACCCUAAAAAAGGUAUAUCUUGGCCAACAAUCUGUUACAUGCUUGGGGAAGUCCAAUAUGGCGGUCGUGUCACAGAUGACUUCGACAAACGCCUUUUGACAACUUUCACAAACGUGUGGUUCUGUGAUGUACUGCUACGACCGGGUUUUGAAUUCUAUAAGGGUUACAAAGUGCCUCAGACAAGGAAUCUCUCCGGCUAUAUUGAUUAUAUCAAUCAGCUUCCAUUGACUGAUACUCCCGAAGUAUUCGGUCUUCACGGGAACGCUGACAUUACGUAUCAGAUCAAUAGUGCUAAAGAUAUACUGGACACAAUAUUGAGCGUGCAACCGAAAGAAGGUGGCAGCCAAGGUGGCGAGACAAGAGAAAGUAUCGUGUACAGGCUAGCUGAAGACAUGUUGGAAAAAUUACCAAAACAAUACGUGAGUUUUGAAGUUAGAGAAGCUUUGGUGAAAAUGGGGGCUUUUUUGCCAAUGAAUAUCUUUUUAAGACAAGAGAUCGACCGCAUCCAGCGUGUGAUCAAGUCAGUGCAGUCAACUCUGUGCAACCUAAAGCUAGCCAUCGACGGGACCAUAGUGAUGAGUCAGGGGCUGCGCGAGAGUCUCGACGCUAUGUAUGAUGCGAGGAUACCGCAGAAUUGGCUCAAGGUAUCAUGGGAGUCAGCAACGCUAGGUUUCUGGUACACAGAGUUAUUGGAGCGAGAGCAUCAGUACCGCGUGUGGCUGCGUAACGGCCGCCCCACCGCUUUCUGGAUGACUGGCUUCUUUAACCCUCAGGGGUUCCUCACCGCUAUGAGACAGGAGGUAACCCGAAGUCACAAAGGGUGGGCGCUAGACUCCGUGGUGCUACAGAACCACAUCACAAAGCUCAACCGAGAGGACGUCCACGAGGGCCCGGCCGAAGGUGUUUACGUACACGGACUGUUUCUUGAAGGCGCAUCCUUGGACAGAAAGUCGGGGAAGCUAAUCGAAUCAAAACCCAAAGUCCUGUACGAGCAAAUGCCGAUCAUCUACAUCUUCGCCAUCAACACUACAGCCGGCAAGGACCCCAGGCUCUACGAGUGCCCCAUCUAUCGGAAACCCCAGCGAACUGAUGCUAAAUACGUGGGGUCUAUAGAUUUCGAGACAGACAGCAAUCCGAGGCAUUGGGCGUUGAGGGGAGUGGCGCUGCUGUGCGAUAUUAAGUGAAUAAAGGUGUUUACUGUGGAA